AUGAAAAUAAAUACAAAAGAUUAUUUUAUACCUAAAAUAAAAAGUAUUACUGAUGAUACUGUUAUUUAUGAAGAAGUAUUAGAUCCAUUAUCAGAUGCUUGGAAUAAUUUGUGUAGAUUACAAACUAUUGAAGAUGAGAAUAAAGAUAUAAUAUUAAAUAUAAAUUUCAGUAAAGUAGAAGCAGAUACACUUUUACAAACCUAUGAAUUAGUUAAUAAAGGUAUUAUUAAACAGAAUGAAGUGAAAAAUACAAAAGAAGAAAAAGUAAAUAUUAAUAUUAUAAGGCCGUGUAUAGAAUACUUUGCAAAAUGUAUAGACAUUUUUAAUUCUAAAAAAGAUCCAAAUUCUAACCUUAUUGAAUAUUAUAUUUAUAUUAAAUUUAAAAAUAUAGAAUACAUAGAAAUAAGAAGAUUAAAUAAUCCAAUUAAAGAACAAGAAGUUACUGUAGAAAAUUAUACUAUAAAAAUAAAAAAAGGAACUUAUAAUAAGAUUUCUAAUACAAUACAUGAUACUAUUAAUUUACAAAGAUUAACAGACUUUAUAUUGAAAUUUAAUAUAAAUAUUAAAAGAAAUAUAAAAUAUAUAAAUUUAUAUAUAUCCAAGUUAUAUAUAUUAAAAUAUAGUGAUAAAAGUUCUGGACUUGUAAAUUAUGGAAAUAUAUUAGAAGAUGGAUAUGGGGAGAUAUUAUAUAUAGUAACAGAUGAUAUCUAUAAAAUAAAAAGAGAUACUUAUUCUUUUUCUGUUUACAAGAAUGAGAGAGUGAUAUUAUAA